AUUUUCAAAUAAAAAAUAAGUAAAAUAACAAAAAAAUAUUACAAAAGUUUUUGUAAUCUAUAAAAGUUAUAGAGAGUUUUUAGAAAAACUAGAACGUAAAGUAUCUUUGAGAUACUUUAUAAAUAUUAUUAGCAAUAUAGUGUGGGAGCUGUUAGUAAAGUUUGGGCGGCCAUUAAACUUUUUAAAAAGUCGUUAACUUCAAGAUGUUAAACCACUAAAAGACAACAUCUACGUAAACCACAAUUGUAAAGUCAUUGUAAUUUGUAGUGCUAAAACAAAUGAAUAAUACUACGAAAUAAUUUAAGCAGAAAAAAAAUCAAAUUUUUUUAAAUAAAAAAAUUUGUAAACAAAUUUUAUACUAAAAAGUGAAUUUGAAACAAACGGCAGUAAAAAUUAAAGGCAACAAGUUGUAUACAUUCGGCACCAUGGAGGGAGGUUAUGUUAAUGAAGCGAAUCAUAAGCAAUCAUUACAAUCACCCCAUUCAUCAAACAUCUCACAUAUGGACCCUACAGCAUCAUUACACGCCAGCGAGGCGGACUCUGCAACACCGGUUAAGUUGUCCCUGUAUCCCGGAGAAUCUGAACUAUUGGCCCCGGCUUAUGAGACCACCGUGAAACCGUUAAAUAAACAACCGGGUUUUAUGCAAAAGUUACGCGAUUUUAAUUGGCGCAAUGAUUCAACUAAAUUACGUGAAAAAUUUUAUUUUGAAUAUUAUUCUAAGGAAAAGUUUACGGGAGGCCAGCUUAAAACGAAAAAUGGCCAAAAAUAUGUGUUUAAUGGCAGACCGUCGGGUAUAUUUGUAUCGAAAACUUGUGCCACAUUUACCGCGAUUAUCACAAUUUUGGCCAUCAUAUUUACCAUAUUGAUAACGUAUUUCGUGACAGUCAACACUAUGCCACAAAGUUGCACAAAUGGCCAUAAUUUACAAAAUUCUCUACAAGCACAACCUCAAAAUAUUAGUCCCAUAGCAACAGCCAGUAUGUUGGGCAUGCCCAUGCCAAAAUCAAAAUAUGAUACCAAACCCGCUCCCGUAGGCGAUAUACCACCCGAUAAUGAUAUAUUCGGCGAGGAUCAAGGCAAAUUUAACGAUCGCAAACUACAGUUAUUCGAUGGUUGGUUGCCGUUACAUUACAACCUCAUUAUAGAGCCCAAUCUCAAAAAAUCCCUCAAUAAUGGCAGCGUGGCCAUUCACAUAAAACGUGAUGAACGUGUUGCUACUUUUGAGCCCAUUGUCCUGGAUGUAAAUAAUGUCACGAUCUCAAAUGUUCGCAUAAUAAGAGCAUUGAAUCAAACCAGUUUGGAGGAAGUGGAAUUGGAUUUCGAUAGUGAAUAUGGUAUGGAUAAUGGCACAUUUGUGGUAACAUUGUCGAAAGCAGUGGCCGAAGAAAAAGACUUAAAAUUGGUAUUGAGUAUGGACUUUGUAAGCCAAAUUACCGAUACACUACAGGGAGUUUACAAGACUAGUUAUGUAAAUGUAGAUACAGGAAAACAAGAAUGGAUGAUCAGCACCCAAUUUUCUCCCAUAGAUGCCCGCAGAGCCUUCCCCUGCUUCGAUCGUCCUGAUAUGAAAGCCAACUUUACUGUCAGUAUUAUAAGACCCACUAGAACUUCUAUGGCUUUGUCAAAUAUGCCCGUUUAUCAUAGCUCCAUCCAACGUCCCGGUUUUACCCGUGAUGAUUUCAUGACCACACCCAAAAUGCCCACCUACCUCUUAGCUUUUAUUGUGUCUAAUUUAGUCAAGUCUCACUUUUCGGAUCUUGAUGCCAAUCUAGUGCCUCGUGUGGAAAUCUGGACUAGACCGGAAAAUAAGGACAUGACCCGUUAUGCUUAUUCCUUGGUGCGUAAAUUUUUGCCCUAUUAUGAGGGUUAUUUUGGUAUUAAAAAUCGUUUGCCCAAAAUUGAUUUGGUAUCUGUGCCUGAUUUUGGUUUUGGUGCCAUGGAAAACUGGGGUCUAAUAACUUUCAGAGAUUCUGCUCUUUUGGUGCCUGAAGAUUUAGAAAAAGCCUCUUCCUCCGAGCACAUGGAAUAUGUGGCUCAAAUUGUGGCCCAUGAAUUGGCCCAUCAAUGGUUUGGCAAUUUGGUUACGCCCAAAUGGUGGAAUGAUUUGUGGCUUAAGGAGGGUUUCGCCUGCUAUAUAAGUUAUAUUGCUUUGAAUAAUGUCCAUCCCGAAUUUGAAAUAAUGGACACUUUUACUGUAUUUGAGUUCAAAGAAUCUAUGCAACAUGAUUCCGAUAAUAGUUCUCAUGCCAUUUCGUUCGAUGUGAAAUCCACCAAUGAUAUAAGACGCAUAUUUGAUCCCAUUACCUAUUCCAAGAGCACCAUAUUGUUGAGAAUGUUGAAUUCCAUAGUGGGCAAUGAAGCUUUUAGAGAUGCUACACAGGAUCUUUUGAAAGCAUUUGCCUAUGAAAAUGCCGAUCGUAAUGAUUUGUGGGAAUACAUGACCAAACAGGGUCAUUUGAAGAAAACCUUACCCGAUGAUAUGGAUAUUAAGAGCAUAAUGGAUACUUGGAUCUCUAAGCCCGGCUAUCCCGUGGUUUCUGUGGAAAGAAGAGAUGCUGAUUUGAUUGUUACUCAGGAACGUUAUCUCUUGCCCUCCAAAAAUAUGUCCGAUGAUAGUAAAUGGAUUGUACCGAUUACCUACGAAACCGAUGAACUGCACAAGGGUGACAGCAUACCCACCCAUUGGCUUAUGGAUAAUGGCCAUGAAUUGGUUAUUACCGAUGCUUUUACCUCAGAUAAUAAUUCCGAAAAUGUGGUUUAUUUGAAUUUGAAUAGACAGGGUUACUAUAGAGUAAACUACGACAUGACUUCUUGGUUGGCUUUGAAAAAGAAAUUCUCUUCUUUGCCUCGCGUGACCAGAGCUCAACUUUUGGAUGAUUCUUUGCAUUUGUCUCAGGCUGAAUAUUUAUCUUACGAUAUUCCUUUGACAUUCUUAAUGGAAAUUUUCACUGCCACUGACGAUGAGCUGUUGUGGUCGGCAGCUCAACAGGGUUUGAAUUAUUUGAUUCAUAUGUUAAAUCGUGAGCCAGCUUAUGAAACAUUUAGGGCCUUUAUGAAAUUUUUGGUAAGACCUGCCUUUGAUCGUUAUGGUUUACAAGAACCCGAUAAUGAGAGCCAUAUCCAGCUACAACAUCGUGCUUUGGUGGCUAGAUUGGCUUGUAAAUUCAAAUAUGAUCGUUGCUACAAUGCUGCCCAUAUUAAGUACAGAGAAUGGAUGGCUGAUCCUAAAUCAAAUCCUAUUACACCCAAUAUGAAACCCACAAUUUAUUGCACUGCUUUGGCUGAAGGUUCAUUCCAGGAAUGGUAUUUCGCCUAUAAACAAUACAAGCGUACAACAAGUGCCUCUGAAAAGGAACAAAUUUUAUCAUCAUUGGGUUGCACCACCAAGCCAUGGUUGUUGUCUAAAUAUUUAAAUAUGACCAUUAACCCCACAUCAGGCAUAUUGAAACAAGAUGGUGCCCGUGCUUUUAAGGCAGUGGCGGAAAAUCCCAUAGGUUUUGAAAUUGCUUUCGAUUUCUUGCAAACGAAUAUUAAAGAUAUAUCGGAAUAUUUCGGCGAUGGCUUUUCAACUUUAAGCUCCAUGAUCAAAUCCAUAACCACCUAUAUGAGCAAAGACUAUCACAAAGAACAAUUGGAACGUUUUAGAGAUAAGUCACAGAAACUGGGCUUGAAAUCGGUGGUUACAGCCAUUGAUUUGGCCAUGGAACAAGUAAACAAUAAUAUUUACUGGCGUAAUCGUUCCUAUUACAGUCUGAAGGGCUUUUUGGAGGAUAUAGUACGUGAAUUCCAAAUCAAUAUAUUCUAAGUCUUGAACAAUGACAUUGAACUAGUUUUAAAAAACAGUUAAAAAACGAUCUAUUUAUUAUAAGUUUUCAAAAUUUUCAAAUGUUUGCAAAUUUAAAAAAAAAAACUCAAAUUGUUUUAUAACUAUGUAAAAUAGAACAAGUAAAACAAUUUCCCAGAUAUUCUCAUUACUUUUGGGGAUUAGGGAAGGGGUUUUGUUAUAUUUUGUUUAUAAUGUAUUUGUUUUAUUUGCAAACAAAGUGAUAUAAUUUUAGUUUAUUUUAACAAAUUUUAGUAUUGAGCUUUUAAGCUAAAUAUUUUUUUAAAAAAUUUUAUUAUCAUUUUUUUUAGUUUUUCUAUAAAUUAUUUAUUUUCGUUUUUAUGUUCAGUUUUUCAUUUUAUGUUUGUCAUUAUCAUUUUGUUUAAUUUUAUAUUUUAAGUAUUGUUCCUAUAUAUUAAAUUAAAAUUAAUAUUAAGAACUAAGAAAGAAUAAAUGUCUGUCAUUCCUUCGUUUACAAAUUUAUCUGCGAGAGAAUUUGUUCACUGGCAAGGAACACAAUCACAUUACAAUAAAACAACAUAAAACAACAACACACAGAAUAAAAUGCUGCUGAUGUAAAAUGUUAAUAGUUUUUAAGUGAAAUUCAAAAUAAAAUUUCUUUUGAAAUUUAACUAAUUAAAGAAAAUUGUGUGAAAUUAAUUAAAUUAAAAACGAAAAAAAUAACUUAAAAUAACAACCAAAAAUAUAAACUACUUAAAUACAUAUUCAAGAAAUCAAUACUAACUGCCGACAACUAUUAAGUAAUUAAAAUUAUAAUUAAACGAAAAAAAACAACAACUUUAACUAAAUAAGUUAAGAUUAUUAAAUAUUAAAAUAACGACUAAACAUACAUUAUAUUACAUUAUAAUUAAGCACAAUUGCCUAAAAAACAAUUUGUUUUACUUUUUUUUAUUAUUUAGAAUAUAAAAUUUGGCUUUUUCUAUUAAUUUUUCUUUUGUAAAUAUUAUCCUAUAUGUUCGGCUUAAAAUAUAACUUUUAUACAUAAAAAAUAUAAAUUUAAAAAAAAAAUAGCAUAAAGAAAGGCAGCCUUAUGAAAAUACGUGAAAACUAAUAUAUAAAUAUUAUAAAAAAAACUGAGUGUCCUUAAAAGAAUUUCACAAGAAGCAACUUGUCUUAAUGAUGAAUAUUAGAUUUAGAAGUAUUGUGAACGAGCUACUACAGAUGAAUAUUAUUUUUUAAAUCUUUAUCGAGCGAGUAUAAAAUUAAGCAAAUGCCUCAUUUUAAUUUGUCAGUUUUUUUUUAGCUUUUAUGCACAUUUAUGUUUAUACAAAUAUGAAAUAAACUAAAUAUUAAUGAAUACGAUAAUUAUUUAAGUCAAUCAUACAUAAAUUACAUACAUACAUACGUAUAAAUAUUAUUUUUACAAAACAAUAAAAAUAACAAAUAAGAAUUACUCAUAAAACCUUUGUAACAUUAUAAAUUACAUUUGAAUAUAAUGAAAAUAAGAAUUAAACAUAAUUAUUACAUUAAAUGUUUUUAAUUGUAUCGUGUACUUGAAGUAGUAGUUGAAAAAUUUUAUUUAAAUAAAAAUUUAAAAAAAAAAGUGAAAAAGAAA